AUCAGACUCCGCCUCUCUUAGCGCAGGCGCCGCCAUGUUGUUUUUCCCCCAGAGCCUCAGCCGCUCUUCUUGGGCAGUGGUGGCCGCGGGAGCCUCCGAGUCCGGCCUCCCCUUUCCCCGCCGCCCUUCUUGGGAAGGUCUGCUGCAUUGUCUGCACUACCCCAUCCUAUUUUGACAGUGUGUUCAGCAAGGCAGGACAGUAAGUUGCUGAUUUCCAUCAACAUAAACAUCAACUGUAGCUUUUUAAAGGACGAAGCAAAGAGGCUGAACGCACCUGGUGCUGGGUUCAUUCAUCUAAAUCACAUUAGAACUGGACAUCAAAAGGAUCUGUUCUUGAGACAAUGGCAUCAAAAUCGUCACUACUUAAAGUAAUCCUCCUAGGAGAUGGAGGAGUUGGGAAGAGUUCAAUUAUGAACAGAUAUGUCACAAACAAGUUUGAUACUCAGCUGUUCCACACAAUAGGGGUAGAAUUCUUAAAUAAAGACCUGGAAGUGGAUGGACACUUUGUUACAAUGCAGAUAUGGGACACUGCUGGUCAAGAGCGUUUCAGAAGCUUGCGGACUCCUUUCUACAGAGGCUCUGAUUGUUGUCUUCUUACUUUCAGCGUAGAUGACUCACAAAGCUUUCAAAAUCUAGGAAACUGGAAGAAGGAAUUUAUUUACUAUGCAGAUGUCAAAGAGCCCGAAACGUUUCCUUUUGUGAUACUGGGGAACAAAGUUGAUAUAAAUGAGAGGCAAGUGUCUACAGAGGAAGCUCAAGUCUGGUGCAGGAACAAUGGCAACCAUCCCUAUUUUGAAACCAGCGCAAAAGAUGCCACCAAUGUUGCAGCAGCCUUUGAAGAAGCUGUUCGACGAGUUCUUGCCACCGAUGAUAGAUCAGAUCAUUUGAUUCAAACAGAUACAAUAAAUCUUCAUCGGAAGCCCAAGACUAGUUCAUCAUGCUGUUGACUACUUUAUUUUAUUUCUUGGCCAUAUAGUUCUAACUUAAUGGGAUAAUAAUAGAUCAACAUUAGAAUGGGUGCCAAUCUAAUAUAUUAUAAUAUUCUACUGCUUUGCUGAUAGAGGAGAGCUUUUGUUCAAUAAGUGACCUAUUUGCUGAAUUAGCAGCAUCUGACAUCUGAGAAGGUACCCACUCAGAACUCAUUUAAUUUAAAUGUGUAAUUUGAGAAAUUCAUAAAUUAUACUAAAACUUGAAAGUUCUAGAAGCACUACUUGGAGGAGGUUUUGUUCAGAAAUUUACAUGCAGAAAUAAAUUUUUAUAUGUACAUAUAUAUUUUUACGAUAUCAUUAAUUGAUGUUUGCUUCACUAAAGCCUUUUCAUAAAGCAAUAAUACCGGGUAUUACAUGUGUGGUCUUGUUUCAGUUCUGAUCUUUAAUGUGCUUUUUAAAAUUCUGAGUUAAGAUGAAUUCCUUAAGGGCUUUUGGUGUUUGCCUGGUGUCACUAUACUGCUUGUAGAUUUUAAGUUAGGAAAUAAACCUGCAUACAUAGA